AUGAGCGACUUCAAAUUCAACGGCCAGAAGCUCGACGUGGAUCUCAUUGCAUCCAUCGCCAAGCUGUUGGACACCAACGGCAUUCCUAAUGUCAUGUGGGGGCCUUACGUUUUGGCAUGUUACGGGGCGCCUCUGGUCCUCCAGCUCAUCGAUAGAGCCCGCGAGGUCCUCCUCGCAGCGAACUUCGUCCCCUGCCAGGACGACUGUCGCCUGGUCCGGCCAGUUUGCAGCCUCCCGCGGGCGCCCGCCCCGGAUGAUCCCAGCUACAUGCUAGUCACCGAUGAUCGGCUCGAUGACUACGACCCAAGAAUGCACUUAGGCCGAGUGCCAUAUACUCACUACCCUGUCAAAAUACCCACGCUUCCGCGCUAUGCGGAGUCCUUGGCGUACGGGUAUCUUCGCGAGCAGAGUCCUGAGGGUGAGGGGCAUAACCUUCGAGCAGGGUUUUUUCUUGGUGAAAUGACCUACAUCGGACAGUACUGUAAGCUAAGGGUAGCUGACCUUGAUGAGCGCCGCAUUCGCCGUUUCUGGCGGCUUCGGUACCACCCUAGCGGUUAUCACCCACUGUUUCGUUAUAGCGCCAGACUGGCGGCGGAAUUGAGGACCGCGAAUUUCUUUCCCGAGGAGGAGAGAGAAGGAGAAGCACAGGAGAACACCUGA